UGCAAAUUGGCAAUUGCCAGUGACCAGUGACCAGUGAUGAUUGAUCAGUGAGUGUUGCUUCGUUCUCUUUCAAAUCUCUCUCCUUCUCCAUGGACUUAGCCAAAACCCUGAAAUUUGCUUGUCAUUUUUUUUUGUCUCUGUGACCUAUUAUUGAACCUCUCUCAUACGGAAAUGCCGUUAAGAUCCGGCCAUGGACGGGAAGGCUAACCUUCCGGUCCCAGCUGUUCCUCCGUCAAAGGAUCUCGUCCAUCCUAUCAACGCUGAUACGACGUCGUCCUCUUCAUCGUCUUUCUCUUCCUCCUCCCCGCCGGACUUUCUCCGGCAUGUUCAAGCCGCUUUCAAGCGCCACCGGCCCGUCGGUACCAUGCAGACAAAAAGACUAAUGCCAAAACGGAUGUUGGUUCCACAACGCGAAACAUCUGAACCUGCAGCUUCUUGUGUGGGUCCUAGGAUUGGUGUGAAGCAGUCUCAGGAUGUCAUUCUAUCAAGCCAGGGUCAUGCCACAAAAGAUUCAGUUAUGCAACUAAAGAAUUCAGUUGCUUUUGUUGGAGAAACUCAAGAAGAUGCAUCAAUUACCCCUCCUUCCACUUUAGGCACCAUCACAAAGACCUCAAAUGAAAAUUUCAAACCAUCUGAUGUGCAGAGAGAUCAAUCCAAGCAUGUUAUUGAUUGUAAAGAGAAUAAUCCAAUGCCCUUGUCACAUGUAGAAGCUCAUAAUCUUGAUGGCAAGAGAAAGGUCCAAUUUUCAAUGGAAAAUAAUGCCACUUCACAAGGGGCCGAUGAUCAAAUGGCCACUGGAUUGGACGACUUAUCUUCUUAUAUGGAUUCACUUGCAUUGACAGAAAUGGAAUGGGACGUCAGCAAUCAAGUAGAGGCAUUAACCGCGGUCAAUAAUGAAUUAAAGCGCCAGAAUUUUCACGACAUGGAAUCUGAGAUCAGUUUGAGGAGUGAUGGUGGAGUACCUUUGUUGCCAAAAAGUACCAUGGUUGUUCAGGACCAACUACAUCAAUUUAGGAACUUUUUAAGCCAACCUGCUGCCCAAUCUUCAGUUGUUGGACAAUCAUGUGCAACCACAACAUCUGUCCAUUCUACAUCAGCACCCAUGCUUAACUCAACAACCUAUUGCCAUCGUUCACAUGCAGAAACUGCUACUCAUGUGGCAAUUGAACCAUCGGGUGAUAUUAAUGUGAAUUCUCAGCAUAUGAGUCAAGGAACUAUGGAGCAGCUGUCUUAUCCUUCAUUAAAGGACAUGAGCAGGAUGCACAUUGACCAGAUAACCACUGCAGCUCAAGCUUCAACAUCUACUAUUGAUGUCCAAAUCAAAGAACAUCACCUGACAAGGGAGAAACAGGGAAGUUUGGCCAAGGAAACUGACACUGAAAAGAAUCCUUCUUAUGUUGGCGAUUACCCAACGAAAGAGAGGGCAUUUGCAGGUGAUGUUAAUGAUGUACAAUCUCUGGAUCCAUUGCCCAAAAAUGCAUCUUCAGAUAUGAAGUUGGAGACUUCUAGACCAGAAAGACAAGAAAAGGUUACAAGUAGUAAAGGUGCAUCAGUGCCUCGUAAAAAGAAUUAUGACCCUGACAUGUUCUUUAAAGUUAAUGGCAAGCUCUAUCAAAGGCUUGGUAAGAUAGGUAGUGGAGGAAGCAGUGAGGUUCACAAAGUCAUUUCCUCAGACUGUACAAUCUAUGCACUCAAGAAAAUCAAGCUCAAGGGCCGUGAUUAUGCAACUGCAUAUGGUUUUUGUCAGGAAAUCGAGUAUCUAAACAAAUUGAAGGGAAAAAACAACAUUAUACAGUUAAUAGACUAUGAGGUGACAGAUAAGAGUUUGCUCCGUGAAGUCAUGAAUGGUUCCAUGAGUAAUAAAGAUGGCAGGGUUAAGGAUGAUAGAUAUAUAUACAUGGUCCUUGAAUAUGGGGAAAUUGAUUUGGCUCACAUGCUGUCACAGAAAUGGAAGGAAAUAGAUGGCACUGAUCAGAGCAUAGAUGAGAAUUGGCUCAGAUUUUACUGGCAGCAAAUACUUCAAGCUGUCAACACUAUACAUGAGGAGCGCAUAGUGCACUCUGACUUGAAGCCAGCUAAUUUUCUUCUCGUCAAAGGUUCUCUAAAGUUGAUUGAUUUUGGCAUUGCCAAAGCCAUAAUGAGCGAUACAACAAAUAUUCAAAGGGAUUCACAGGUAGGCACUCUGAGCUACAUGUCUCCUGAGGCAUUCUUGUGCAAUGAGAGUGAUGCAAAUGGAAACACAAUCAAGUGUGGUCGGCCUUCAGAUAUUUGGUCUCUUGGCUGUAUACUUUAUCAAAUGGUAUAUGGGAGGACCCCAUUUGCAGAGUACAAGACUUUCUGGGCAAAGUUCAAAGUUAUAACAGACCCAAACCAUGAAAUAACUUAUGGUCCAGUUUCAAAUCCAUGGCUUCUUGAUCUUAUGAAAAAAUGUCUUGCCUGGGAUCGAAAUGAAAGAUGGAGAAUUCCUGAACUACUCAAACACCCUUUUCUCGUUCCCCCAGUCCCUCACCAGUCAUCCUUGCCUCAAGAGCAAGGCUUUAUGCUGCUUCAACUCGUUGCAGAUGCUUGUGCUAAUAACCAGGAAGCCUCUAAGCUCUGUCGUGAGCUCCAACAACUACUUAGAGACCCAGUCACUACUGUAACAUCUCAGUCAUUAUUAACAUCGAGAGACCAACAAUGUAAGUUGCUCUCACAAAUAUGUAAACUUUCCUUACAAUUGAGGGAGUGUUUGUCAAAGCUGGAAAUAGAGAAAUAGAUUCAUUUUCAGAUGUAAAAAUGUGUUCAAGUGUGAAGAUCCUUUUUGCUCGAAUGGAAUUGUGGAAAUUCUUCUAUGCUAUUCCAUCUGUUUGUAAUAUGUAAUCAUGCCUGUUGUGUUAUUGUGUUGGAAUAGAACAGGAAUUAUGCUAA